CUCACAACGUGACCAUGAACACCUUUUGGGCGUGCCCACGUAUAUCGAUAUACACUCUUCUGGAAGCUAUCUACGUCGAGCCCUAUCACGCCUUCGUGGCCCUGGCGCUAAUAUCACUACGUCCCUUUACUAGAGGAUGGGCCAGGUAAGAAGCAGCACAUUCAGCUACACCCCAUAAGAACCUCGAAAACUCCGUCGCGACGGCGAGUCUCGAUAUCGCAUGGUCCAGGUUACGCGGAUCCACCGCGGAGCUCCUCGCAUAUUACGAGACUACGCCUGCACCCAUCUCAACUAUAACCUCUCCCAGGGAUAAGGCGGUGCAAAGGUGGUGAUUUCGCAAAGGUUUCGGCCCGCCUCAAGCAGGUUCGGCUGAACGCGGCAUUAGCAGGUUCCAGUUUCUUUUGAAGUACUAAUCAGACUAUUCUGAUUACUACUGAUCACUGCUUCGUAGGUUACUCCGUGCAACGGCUCCUCGAGGGUCAGAUCAUCUUUUCUUUUCCGAGCCACCGCCGACAUCUCUUACUCUAGCCCGCUUCAUUGAUAUGCCUCGAGGUUUUCCGAGAAUGUUUGCUCCGAAAAUCCGAUUUGAACCUCGAGAAGCCAGCUUGGCAGAGUAUCUCGCCGAGGCUGCAAAGCACUCCAUCCGUCUUGCGCCGUGGAGCCUGGAGGUCUCAUCUUUAUUUGGCUACGUCGUGGCCGGCAUUGUCAUGUCUGCAUAUCCCUCUAGUAUGAUUGCCCACCCCACGACGCAUGCACAGCUAAUAGCGUCUUACGAGACAUGUCCUCGUGACCUGGCCUCGGGAACCUGUGCCUGUCGACAUCGGGAUCUUCACGUAAGCUUGACUGGCCUUCCCGCGAGCAUGUUGCUCAGGGCGCAGCGCUUGACAUGGAAGUACCACCUAACCGUGAUCUGCGAAUCUGCUUCCCUUUGUUGCUAUAGAACCCGCGCCGACACCUCGACAAACGACCCGCACACUUCCAUUUUCAUCUCCUGUGGAUCAUGUGCCCAGUCCCCGUGGGCCGCUGCCACAAUAAUAGCGACUUGGGCAAGAAUGGAUGUUUCGCGCUAAGACUGGCUCCAUCAUACUCCCGCGCCGCGUUUGCUGUGCUAGCCGACUGUCAACCAUGCAUAGAUUUGAGGACAUCUACGAUCAAGAUACUGAACAAACAGCCAAAGAUGCGCCACGAAGGUGCUGUUCGACACUCCCACUCCUCCGUCAACAUCACGCUGAUACUUCACGGAAUCUCCCUCCUUGGUCAGUGAGUCACGUUAGUGCAAAUCACACCAUCAAACCUUCGAAGGCCGGAGGAAACAUUGUGCGAGUGAUAGAAACAGAAAGUAGCUAUCAACGCUCCAACUGUCAAAAAUAGCACCAUCGAGGAUCAGGCGGAUGAUGCACACGUGCGAAUAAACUCUACGAGCGUGGCCAUGCUUUACCAGGAACUCCCCGACGACCACGCAAACGGCGAAAGAGAGUACAUGAGCUUGUAGAUCCGGAAGCUUGAGGCCAUAGGGCUGUGUCCUAGGACGUGAAGAAGCUAAAGUCCAAAACUUGUUUCGUACAGAUUAGUGC